GCGCAUCCACAGGCAUCUGUCCAACUUUAAAGAUCAGCACCAAGAAUGUUCUGAGGCCCCUAGUGACGCAUACUUUGGCUGGCUAUUAGUAUUGCCUUAGCACGGUAACUCAUUGAAGACUAUUCCGGGGGUCCACGCAAACAGUCUCAGACUUCCUCUUAUCAGUCAGAGUGGUUUGUCACGGACCCGCCGCCAGCAUCUGUCGGUGACAACGGGUUUGCCCUGCAACUCGAUGCAACGGAGCAUCGCGCGGGGAUGCAGAUAAUCAUCAGCCGGUGCAUCCAAGUUCAGACGCUGAUCACACCUUGCGCUCUUUACCGAACGGACAACAUGCGAUGAAUCUUCUUCUUACCCAACUUAGCAGCGAUACGUUUUAGUCUGACAAUUCACAUUUGAACUGAGACGAUGCUCGCUGCCGCUAUGCCGGGCCUCUACCGCCUGCUGAUUGGUUCCGUUGUCCUGCUACUGGCGUCUGGGCUCAGCGUGGCUGACGGGCUGGUUUUGAUGACGACCACCACCUCCAGCCCUCCCCCCUCACCCUCCUCCACGUAUCCCCCAUCCACCCACUCCUCCCCCUCCAGCCCUCCCCCCUUCUUUCUCUCCAGCCUUCGUCCAACCUCUCACUCCAGCCCUCCACCCUCUUCCCAGGAUGUAGACAGCACUGAGUCACCCACGGUUCAGGACACAGACCGUUCCCAACCAUCCCAACAUGUAGACCUUUCACUUGGGGUUCAAGAUGUGAAUCAUACCCAGGCCUCCCUGGACAAGAACGUAGACAAUGCCGAGGACACUCACGUCAAGGACAUAGAUGGUACCCAUCCUCCCUUGGUCCAGGACAUAGACGGUACCCAUCCCCCCUUGGUCCAGGACAUAGACAGCAGCCAGUUGUCCCAGUUCCAGGAUAUAGUCCACACCUCUGUGGAACAGGAGCUGACCCUGGAUGUGUUGCAGCACAGAGAUGAAGAAGAGAGGAGGGAGGAGGAGAGGAGGGAGGAGGAGGAGAGGAGGGAGGAGGAGAGGAGGGAGGAGGAGAAGCGGAGGAUGCAGAGAGAAAAGGAGGAGGAGAGGGCGAGGUUUCUCCUCAGUCACCCGGACUCGUACGUGGUGAAGAGAGAGAUGGAGCAGGGCCUGGAUGGGAUGGACAGCUCCCAGGAGGCCUCGGGCUUCUUCACGGAGGACAGUGAGGACAAGCGUCUGUCAUCAGCCAAACUGUGGGAGGAGACAGGCGAGGGGAACGACACACGGCCAGGAUCAGAGGCCCUGGUUGAGUACCACCCUCACUUACUCCAGACCUUCACACCAGACAUCCAGGAGGCCAGACAGCCCAACCUCACCUCCCUGCUUCCUGAGCUGGAUCCUGGCCUGGAGGGCGGGCUGGAGGCUGGCCUGGAGGCCCUGGAGAGGGAGCUGUGGGAGCGGGAGGAGGGCCAGGCCAGUGGCCUGCCCCUGGUGCCUCAUCCUGGGGAUGACCUCUCCACCACCACCCCUCCAACCACCUCUGCUGCAGUAGCUGGCUUGCCGAGUUCGACCCCUUCUGACCUCACUGGCCUGUGGCUGCUCCAGGGGCGAGAUGAGGAGGAAGAGGAGGAGCAGGCAGAGGAGGAGGAGGAGGAGAAGAAGGAGGAGAGGAGGCCGGAUCUAAUAUACCUGGACCCUGUCCUUACCCAGAAUCCUACUGUGCCUGAGGUUGGAGCCCCGCCCAGCAGAGAGCCUCUUCAGCCCGGCCACACUCGCACACACGGAUUUGUUGGCAAAGAGGAGGAAGGGGAGGAGUCGGAGGAGGACGCUGACAGGAGACAGAGUGACUGGGAGAAGGCAGGAGGCCACACCCCCCUGACCAGGGUCCCCUCCCCCUCUCUGGCAUCGACCGUGGGCUUCAACCAGGUGUCCUGGGAUAGGCUGGAUGAAGCCACGCCCCCUCGGGGUGGAGGGUCUGAGGUCAGAGGCGGAGCCACAGAGCUGCUCUCGGAGGCGGGGCUGACAGACACGGAGGAGCAGCAGGUGGUGUGUGUGGACUGGAGCGAGCUAGCUGGGCGGGGCUACGUUAUCCUCAACACCACUGAGAACCUGGACUGUGAUGAGUUCCGUGAGGAGAGUGGACCCAGGAUGCUGGAGCUGGUGGAGACAGUGUUCUCCAGGAGGAUGAACAGCCCCCAGGGCUCCUGGCUGGUCUCUCUCAGCAAGACCCCCAGACACGACCACCAGCUGCUCAUGACCCUGGCCACCGAACACGGUGUGAUCGCCACCAAGGAUGUGCUGUCUAUGCUGGGAGAGAUCAGGAAAGGGCUGCUUGAGGUUGGCAUCCAGAACUACUCUGCUGCCAGUACGUGCCACUCCCGGCCCAGCCAGACACGGUCGGACUACGGCAAGCUGUUCGUGGUUCUGGUCAUCAUCGGGUCGGUGUGCAUGGUCAUCAUCACCACCGGACUCAUCUACAUCUGCUGGCAGAGGCAGCUGCCCAAGACCAAGACCAUGUCCCGAGGGGAGGAGCUACACUUUGUGGAGAACGGCUGCCAUGACAACCCCACCCUGGACGUGAUGAACGACAGCCAACCAGAGAUGCAAGAGAAGAAGCCCAGCACCAAUGGGAUGGCAGGAGGAGGGGCGGGGGGCGGGGAGGAGAGUAACCGCUGGCAGGUGUUGGUCAACCAGUCGGAGAAAGAAGGGGAAGAGGAUGACAUGGAGGAAGAUACACAUCUCUGAAGGGGAGGAGAACAGAGGACGGUAGAGAGAGAGCGGGAGAAAAGAGAGAGAGAGAAAAAAGGAGAGAGAGGGAAGACUUUGCCAACAGAGAGAAAAAGAAGAGAGAAUGAGGGACAAGGGCGCAGGAUUGUGGUGGGCUCGACCUGUCGGCGGUCGGCUGUUAGCUCAUUCAUGUUACGUCAGUUGCAUCCUGGGUGGCGUCCAGCCACGUAGAUGUUUCAUGACUCGGCAGGGCGCAUGCCUGUCUGAGUCAGCAUGGCCGCCCCGCCGCAGGAGCAACAAGCACGUGAGCCUAUAGGAGCAGAGAGGGGGGGCUUGAUGAAGUGCUAAAUCAGAGCAGCUUCAAGGCUGCCUUUCUCUCUCUUCCUCUUUCUCUCUCCCUCUGUCUCCCUCUUCCUCUCUCCCACUUUUUCUCUACCUCGCUCUCUCUCUCCUUCAUUCUAACUCUUGGCUCGGCCAGGUCUCUGCAGAGUUGAAUGCUGUGUGUUCAUAACGCUCUUCUUUUUGGCUUAGUCAGGAUAGUUUGACCCAGCUGUUCCAACACUAUAGAUACCUUUACACAUUCUCUGCCUCCUCGCUCUAUGCUUGGUGAGACAAGUGUCAUACGAUACUGCUAAGACCCCCAAAAGGGUCUCUGUGAUUGGCUUGUCACAGACCAGAGUUCAAGUUCUGAUUGGUUUGCUGAAUCAAAGCUUCUCAAACUCCUUUGUAAAAAAAAAAAAAAGAAGGGAAACCAAAUGGCUCAUGGUUACUUUAAAGUGUUUUGGCCAACUAGGCAAA